CUCAGAGGGACUUGAUCAGGGCACUCUCCAGUGCAAUCGAUUAUAAAAAAGAGAAUAAAAUAUUAAAAAGGGUGGUAAAGAGAGAGAGAAGAAAAAAGAACAAUAAAAAAAAUCAGAUUAUGUACUAGAAGACAUCCAUAUAUGCAGAUAGACAAAGUGAAGAUUCACAUUAUUAUAUCAUCAAUAAAAACAAAUUAUUAGUCAGCAAUUUACAAAAGGAGAACAUUAAUACCUUUAAAACUUCAUACUUAGUAAACCACAGUGAUGGAGCAUAUGUGAGCACUGAGGUGUCGGUGUAUACAGUAUAUGGGUGCAGGUCUAUAGGUGCUUGUUGCUCGGACGUUUUGCUUCAGUCAUCUGAGGACGAGCUGUGUUUCUCUGCAGGCUUUUUUUUUUUUUUUGAUGCAUUGGGAGGCGUGCCGAGCCGAGCCGGGCCGGACCAGGCUCGGCUCAUAGGCUUCAUGUGAUCCUGCAGGGAGGUGUUUGACUAUAAAAAAAAGGACUUUUUUCAACAUCCCGGCUGCAUUUGCGAGCUGAGCUGAGCUGACCGCCUCUCACGGAGCUACAGUACCGGGUUGCAGUGUUGUUUUUUCUCGGUGCACAUUUUGGGGAUAUUUCCAUCACCAGUGGUUCCGGACAGUGACGCGCUGCGGUUCCGAUCAUCAUGGGAGACGCUCAGUCUGCGCAACGGGACGAUGAGAAGGAUGCUGAGGCUGAGGAGGAGAGCGGAACAGUGGAGGAUGCUCCGACUCUACAGCACAACAUCCAAGACAAGUCUCUUAAAAACAAUGGGCAGCUCUCUGAGAUCAAUGGAAAAGCAGACAGCUCUGUAACAGAACUUUAUGGUCUCUGUGAGGAGGAGUUCGCUGCAGAGGCCAUCCUCUCACCAGACGAAGAUGUUUCAGAAACAGAAAAGCCACUUAAAGAAGGAGAAACACCAUUAGAAAAUGUUGAAAUUAAUGAAAAGGAAUCACCUAAUGAAGCUGAUGCUAAUGAAGAUGUACCCCUGGAAACGAAGGAAAUGGAUGCAAAGCAGAAUGACAUCAAUGAAAGUUUUAGGAGAUUUUUCAGUAAUAUUGGUUUCAAAUUGACAGUAAAGAGGGGGUCAGGUGACAUAGCAACAGAUGUGCCGGAUGAGACCAGCAAGGAAGAACCAAAUGGACCAGAGGACGCUGAGGAUACCGCAAAGGAAACCACAAGUAUGAAUGCUGAGCAGAAUACUGCACUGGAGACGUAUGAUAAUGAUUCAACAACAUGUCCUACCCUGACAGACGGUACAUCGGAGGACGUUCUAGAAAAUGCAGAGGAGAAAACAACAGAAACCAAAGAGGAGGUUGAAUCUGAUAAUGCAGAUGCAUCAACAAUUUCACCUGUAGAAGAAGAUGCACAGCAGGAUGCCACAACUGAAGAACAGCCACACUCCACAUCUCCAUCUAGUCCUGAAGAAGAAGAGGUCGUAUCUCCAAUUAAAAGAUUUUUUACAACUGGAAUCUUUUCUGGACUACGGAAGAAAAAGAAGCCGGCAGAAGAUGAGACACCUGACAAAGAACUGGAAGACAUGGGGGAAAAGGAGGCCUUAAAGACGACAGAACAAACUGUACAAGACCAACAACAGGAUAAAGAGGAUAUUAGUCUAGGUGUUGAGGCAGCUGCAGUUGAGACAGAACAUAGAGAAAUUGUACUUAAAGAGGAGAUCCUAACUGCAGCUACCAUUAUUGGUGCAUCUACCAUUAUUGUCACUGAGCCUGAAAUUCAAGAAAUUCAGAUUCUGAGUUCUCAAGAGAAGGACAAAGUUCAAGCAAGUCCUCUGAAAAGGCUGCUGUCAGGGUCUAGUUUAAAGAAACUAUCCAAAAAGCAAAGAAGCAGGAAAUCAAGUGAUGCAAAGCCGUCUGAUUCUGGAGAACAUGUUGCAGAUCAGUUCCUAUCAUCUACCGAGUCAGCUGAGAAUCUGAAAGAAGAAGGUUGUGCACAACCUUCUGCUGAGGCAGCAGGAGAGGAGGAUGGUGCAUGGGCUUCUUUCAAAAAACUUAUGACUCCGAAAAAGCGCAUCAAGAGAUCCUCCUUGAGUAAUGAAGGGACACAGAUCCCUGGUUCAGUAGAAGAACCAAAGCCAAGUGAAGGAGGGCAAAUAUCAGAUCACAGCACAGAGGAAGGCAAAAAACGAAAAGACUCAUCUGUUUCAUGGGAUUCGGUUUUGUGUGGAUCCGGAAGGAAAAGAAGCCGAAAAACGUCAGACUCCGAGGACGAACCACCUAAAAUUGAUAACCAUAUAAACAAGCAAGACGUUGGAUCUAAACAUGGUGCAGAAUCGGCCCAAGAAAGUUCUAAUGAGGUUGAUGAAAUUUUAGCCUAUUCCCCCAAACAAGCAGGAAGUCCUUCAGAGAGUGAUGGAGGGUCAACAUGGAAAUCAUUGAAAAGACUUGUCACCCCGAAAAGGAAAGCCAAGGAUGAAGAUGAAAGCAAAGACAAUGUACAAUCUGAUAGUGAUGCUACUCCAGAUGAGUCCUCCUUUUCAAUUAAGAAACUCCUACCAGGACGAAAAAAGAGGAAGUCUGCCGAAAAGCAAGACCAAGUAUCUUCAGAUGAGGCGGAUAAGGACGCAGCUUCAGGGGAUGAAGACUCUGACACCCCAGCUGUGGUUCCAUUGUCUGAGUUUGAUACAGUUGAGACAGAGGUUCACAUACAAACACAGGCAGAUGUAGAAAGUCAUAUACCCAAGGAAGCAGACUCUAAACUCCAGCAAGACCUCCUUGAUCAGAUGGCUGAACCAGUCCUACCUUGUGACAGUCUGCAAACUGAAGCAAAGAAAGACCAAGAGAAUGAUGAUGCUUUAGAAAACAAAGCAUCUACAACCCCUGAUAAAAAAGAAGAACACGAUGAUUCUGAUACAGAAUCACUCAGUAAACCACAACUCAGUGAUAUCCCAGAGGAGGCCACUCCAGCUUCAGCCACUGAGGAGGCAGCUAGAGAUGACACUAUAGCAGAGGACCUGGUAGAGAUCACAUCUGAGGCCUUUACUGCACCAGAGCCUUUAGACAAUACUCUGGCAGAUGAAACUGAGAUGAUCUCUGCAGUUUCCCAGUUAUCUUCAGAGUCUUCAAAAACAUCUGGCAACACAACACCAGUUCCAGCAGAUUAUGUUGUUAUGGAAACAGAUGAGCUUCUGCAUCAGGUUGUUGAAAACAUCUCCAUAAGUCCAAAGGCAGUUCCAGUUUGUUCAGAUGAGCUAAGAUCUGAAAGAAUAGUUGUUUCUCGCUCGCAUCAAAUACUGGAAACAUUUGUAAAGGAAGAGGCAACAAUUCUGGAAAUACACAGAGGAUUAGAUGCAACUGACAUUAACACAGUUCUAAAUGUUGAAGAACUGGAUGCAAUUAAUGAACUUGCAGCUACCACCCAAACAGAGAGCACAUCUGAAGUCAAUGACUCUGUUUCCACAGAGAUUGUAUCGGAAGUAGCUACUGAGGAGUUUGACACUGCUGAAAUUGCUGUAGAUGAAGUACAUGAUGUUGACGUUACACAUCCAGAAGAAAGCCUAAACGAAUUGGAAAGUAUUGAUGAUUAUCUGGUGGAAAGCCUAUCUGAGGUAAAUGCGGCUGUGUCUACAGAUUUAUUACCUAAAGGUGACGAAAUUGUCCCAGAUGAAGGUUCUCUAGUUGAGGCACAUCAAAAUGAAACAGAUCCCCCAAAAAUGGACUCUCAAGAAGCAGACUCAGCUGCAACAGUAGCAGAUGAAACUAAGGAUGGGUCUACGGAGCAGGAAGUCAAAUCUCUGACAGAAAAGGAAGAUCAGAUGAUGCACAAUAUCACUGAUCAGAUUCAAGCUGAGGAUAAAGAUCAACCACUAGUAGAAGUGGAGAAGUUGCAAGAAUUAGCAGCUGUACAAGCCGCCGCAUUAGAUUCAGAGGAGGGAAGGGUUCAAUCGCUUGGAGAGGACAUAAUACCAGAGGACAUACCAGCAGUCGAAACAGUUGCAUAUAAACUCAAAGAGGAAAUAGUGCCACUGGCUGAAGUCAAUGUUGAGCCAGAACAGGAGGAUGAACUAGAUGCUGCCAAACCUGAACAUGUUCAAGGACCAGAAGCAUCAGAAGCUGUGCAAGCAUCCACAUUCGAUUCAGAGGAGGGCCGUGUUCAAUCACCAAAUGAGGAAGUGAAAUCAGAGGAUAUUCUACUAGUACAAACAGUUGAUGAUGAAUCCAAACAGACAGCAGAGCGUCUCACUGAAAUCAGUGUCAAGCCAGAAAACAAGGAACUACCAGCGAAUGCUAUUAAAACUGUUCAAGAACCAGAAGUAUUAGAGUCCGUUCAAGCACCAACAUCAGAUUCAUUGGAGGGCAGUGUUCAAUCACCAAAAGAGGAAGAAAAAUCUGAGGACACUCCACCAGCAGAAACUGUUACAGAUGAACCCAAAGAGGAGACAAUACCUCUCACUGGAGCCAAUUUUGAGCCAGUGGAUACUUCCAAAGAACCAGAAGUAUUAGAAACUGUUCAAGCACCAACAUUAGAUUCAGAGGAGGGCAGUGUUCAAUCACUUGAAAAAGAGGUAAUAUCAGAGGAUGUUCCAGAAGCACAAACUGUUACAGACGAACCCAAAGAUGAGACAAUGCAUCCCAUUGAAGUCAAUCUUGAGCCAGUGGAUGCUUCCAAAACUGAACAUGUUCAAGAACCAGAAGCAUUACAAGCUGUUCAAGGACCAGAAGUAUUACAAGCUGUUCAAGCAUCAACAUCAGAUUCAUCGGAGAGCAGUGUUCAACUGCUUGAAAAGGAGGCAAUAUCAGAGGAUGUUCCAGAAGCAGAAACUGUUACAGAUGAACCCAAAAAGACAGCAGAGCAUUUCACUGAAGUCAGUAUCGAGCCAGAAAACAAAGAACUACCAGCGAAUGCGAUCAAAACUGUUCAAGAACCAGAGGUAUUAGAGUCUGUUCAAGCACCAACAUCAGAUUCAUCGGAUGGCAGUGUUCAAUCGCUUGAAAAAGAGGUAAUAUCAGAGGAUGCUCCAGACGCAAAAACUGUUACAGACGAACCCAAAGAUGAGACAAUGCCUCCCAUUGAAGUCAAUCUUGAGCCAGUGGAUGCUUCCAAAACUGAACAUGUUCAAGAACCAGAAGUAUUACAAGCUGUUCAAGGACCAGAAGUAUUACAAGCUGUUCAAGCAUCAACAUUAGAUUCAGAGGAGGGCAGUGUUCAAUCACUUGAAAAAGAGGUAAUAUCAGAAAAUGUUCCAGAAGCAAAAACUGUUACAGAUGAACCCAAAAAGACAGCAGAGCAUUUCACUGAAGUCAGUGUCGAGCCAGAAAACAAAGAACUGCCAGCGAAUGCGAUCAAAACUGUUCAAGAACCAGAGGUAUUAGAGUCUGUUCAAGCACCAACAUCAGAUUCAUCGGAUGGCAGUGUUCAAUCGCUUGAAAAAGAGGUAAUAUCAGAGGAUGCUCCAGACGCAAAAACUGUUACAGACGAACCCAAAGAUGAGACAAUGCCUCCCAUUGAAGUCAAUCUUGAGCCAGUGGAUGCUUCCAAAACUGAACACGUUCAAGAACCAGAAAUGAACCCAAAAAGACAGCAGAGCAUUUCACUGAAGUCAGUGUCGAGCCAGAAAACAAAGAACUGCCAGCGAAUGCGAUCAAAACUGUUCAAGAACCAGAGGUAUUAG